CAGUCCUUCACCUCACACCUGUUCAGGGUCCGGCUGGGCUCUGGACAUAGGGUGGAAGAAAACCAUGUGAGCACAGGCCGUGUGGACUGUCACCUCUGUCAGGGGUGCCAAGGCUGCCAGAGGACAGCUGUUACUUAUGGGUGGCGGCAUGGUGAGGUCGCACAACACAGAGCUGCCCUGCUGUGUCCAUGCCCUGGUGCCUCCCCGUGGUCACCAUGUGCUUUGGGAAAAUGUAGGCCUCAGGUCCCAGACACAGGCUUCUGUCAGUGGUGGUGGCGGUGGCUGUACCUGCUCCUGGCUGCUGUGAGGGAGGGACGGGCUCCGGCCACAGACAUGCAAGGUCCCCUUGCAGAGGACCUCCCACACCUGCUGAGGAAUAUGUACAGCCAUCUGGAGGGUGUUCUGCCCUUGGCCCUCCCUGUAGUCCAGCUGAGUCCACAUCCUUCAGCCCCUUUUAAAUGUUCCUUUCUCACAGAACCUUGUCCUGGAGGUGCAGGUGGGCCGGGGUUCUGCCUCCUGUGCGGUGGCAGCCCUCCUCCACCAUGCAUGAUGGUGUGUUUUCCGUUAUUCUUCCUCCCAGAGCACUGGUGCCCACCCUGAUGGCGGUUCCCCAUGGUCAGAUUGAGUAUCCCUUAUCUGAAAUGCUUGGGACUAGAAGUGUUUCAGAUUCUGAUCUUUUUGGAUUUUGGCAUAUUUGAAUAUGCAUAAUUGGAUAUCUUGGGGAUGAGACUUAAGUGUAAACACAAAAUUCUUUUCAUAUACACCUUAUACACAUAGCCUGAAGGUAAUUUUAUGCAAUAUCUUAAAUAUUUUGUGCAUGAAACAGAGUUUUGACUGUGACCCGUCACAUGAGGUCAUUUGGGGAAUUUUCCUCUUGUGGUGGUAUGUUGGUACUCAGAAAGUUUCGGAUUUUGGAGCAAUUUGGAUUUUUGGAUUAGGGAACGCUCCAUUUGAAUAUCCUUUUACAUACAGCACGUGGUCAGUGCUCACUAAACUUAGUAUUGCAUGAAUGAAUGAAAACCAAAGGUCAUUUACUAAGCGUGCUACUAUUUCAGAAGCCUCUUUUUCCGAAUUUGGUUAUAUGGUCAAUGGUUUAAUAUUUCAAGUGCUCUGACCACAUAAUGGUUAUUACCACACUGUGAAGGUAGCUGGGUGUUCAGUGAUUGCUGCCCACAGAGGACCUGGAAGUGCUUGCUGUACUUGGUUUUCUGGAAUGGAAAUCAUGGCUCAUUCCCAGGAGCCCCUCAGCAGGGGCUUUGAGUCUGGUGCUAAGCAGCAGAUGUGCAGAUUCCCGCAGGGCGUACCUGAGCCCUGAGAGGGGGCGUCGUAGUGCACAGCGCACUCAUUUCCGCAUUCCUACCCCGCACAGCCAGUUGUCACAGCCAUCCUCCAGUAAAAACCACAAACCAGUCAACCUCUAGGAAACAGGUAGGAAAUCUAGAAAAAGCCUCAGGUGUUCACAGCAUUUUUUAAAGAUUCUUUAAAAAUCUUUGUGAUUGGAAAGACUGCUUCCUGUGCCAGAGAGUCUCUCUCCAGCGCUUUUGCUUCUGAGGUUGGUAGCUUUCAGAAAGACUGCAAUGCAGCGGUUACCAAAGUCCUUGUUAAUAUGGAAACAACCCGUGGUGAAGGCUUUUGCUCCCCUUCACAACUGCUGACUGUUGCCUGCAGUCGGAAGGAGGAGAUAAUGAAGGUAAUACUCCGGACCUGGCAGUUUAGUGAUUAGAACGUACGCGAUUCUGUGAAUGCUGUGGCUGGCACAGGCAUGUCCUGCAGCAGCUCUGUCAAGUUACUGAUGCAGUGGGCUUCCUGGGAACGUGAAGCUGAAGAUGUCUUUGCAGCUUGUGCACGAUAAUUUUGUUUUCAUCUCUCUGUUCAGAUGGUGGAUUAUAAGAAGAUGAGGAAAAUGAGGCCCAAAGAAGUGAUGCCACUUGGUUAAGGUCCCAGAGCAGGUCAGAAUCAGAUCUAGGAUCAGAAACCUGGCUCCUGGCUCCUGGCUCCCGGCUCCCUACUCUUCUAAGGAUCACUGUCCUGACAGAAGAGGUAAGGGACUCCACUACAGUAAUUAAAGAAGUAUAAGGUUGGCGUUGCUUUGCCACUUUUUUUAUUGAAGUCCUCCUUCCUUCCUGAUCAAGCUUCCAUAUAUCUCCUUAAAGCAUAUGACACACAGGCUGAUUGUUCAGUAGUCAGAAGUUCCCUCAUUCUGGCCUUUGCUGUUUCCACUGGACAUGUUCUUCUGCCUCUGGGUGGAUACAGAGGAUCGAUCGCUUUCUGGCUCAGCCUUUCAGCACAGGUACUUCAGAGAACUCCUCUUUCCUAAAAUGGAGUCGAGUAAAAAGAUGGACUCUCCUGGCUCGCUGCAGACUAACCCGCCGCUAAAGCUGCAUGCUGACCGCAGUGCUGGGACGCCAGUUUUUGUCCCUGAACAAGGAGGUUACAAGGAAAAGUUUGUGAAGACGGUGGAGGACAAGUACAAGUGUGAGAAGUGCCGCCUGGUGCUGUGCAGCCCGAAGCAGACCGAGUGUGGGCACCGCUUCUGCGAGAGCUGCAUGGCCGCCCUGCUGAGCUCUUCAAGUCCAAAAUGUACAGCGUGUCAAGAGAGCAUCGUUAAAGAUAAGGUGUUUAAGGAUAAUUGCUGCAAGAGAGAAAUUCUGGCUCUUCAGAUCUAUUGUCGGAAUGAAAGCAGAGGUUGUGCAGAGCAGUUAACGCUGGGACAUCUGCUGGUGCAUUUAAAAAAUGAUUGCCAUUUUGAAGAACUUCCAUGUGUGCGUGCUGACUGCAAAGAAAAGGUCUUGAGGAAAGACCUGCGAGACCACGUGGAAAAGGCGUGUAAAUACCGGGAAGCCACGUGCAGCCAUUGCAAGAGUCAGGUUCCGAUGAUUGCACUGCAGAAACACGAAGACACCGACUGUCCCUGCGUGGUGGUGUCCUGCCCUCACAAGUGCAGCGUCCAGACUCUCCUGAGGAGCGAGUUGAGUGCACACUUGUCAGAGUGUGUCAAUGCCCCCAGCACCUGUAGUUUUAAGCGCUAUGGCUGCGUUUUUCAGGGGACAAACCAGCAGAUCAAGGCCCACGAGGCCAGCUCCGCCGUGCAGCACGUCAACCUGCUGAAGGAGUGGAGCAACUCGCUCGAAAAGAAGGUUUCCUUGUUGCAGAAUGAAAGUGUAGAAAAAAACAAGAGCAUACAAAGUUUGCACAAUCAGAUAUGUAGCUUUGAAAUUGAAAUUGAGAGACAAAAGGAAAUGCUUCGAAAUAAUGAAUCCAAAAUCCUUCAUUUACAGCGAGUGAUAGACAGCCAAGCAGAGAAGCUGAAGGAGCUCGACAAGGAGAUCCGGCCUUUCCGGCAGAACUGGGAGGAAGCAGACAGCAUGAAGAGCAGCGUGGAGUCCCUCCAGAACCGUGUGACGGAGCUGGAGAGUGUGGACAAGAGCGCGGGGCAAGUGGCUCGGAACACAGGCCUGCUGGAGUCCCAGCUGAGCCGGCAUGACCAGAUGCUGAGUGUGCACGACAUCCGCCUGGCCGACAUGGACCUGCGCUUCCAGGUCCUGGAGACCGCCAGCUACAACGGCGUGCUCAUCUGGAAGAUUCGCGACUAUAAGCGGCGGAAGCAGGAGGCCGUCAUGGGGAAGACCCUGUCCCUUUACAGUCAGCCUUUCUACACUGGCUACUUUGGCUAUAAGAUGUGUGCCAGGGUCUACCUGAACGGGGACGGGAUGGGGAAGGGGACGCACUUGUCGCUGUUUUUUGUCAUCAUGCGUGGAGAAUAUGAUGCCCUGCUUCCUUGGCCAUUUAAGCAGAAGGUGACACUCAUGCUGAUGGAUCAGGGGUCCUCUCGACGUCAUUUGGGAGAUGCGUUCAAGCCCGACCCCAACAGCAGCAGCUUCAAGAAGCCCACAGGAGAGAUGAACAUCGCCUCUGGCUGCCCAGUCUUUGUGGCCCAAACUGUUCUAGAAAAUGGGACAUAUAUUAAAGAUGAUACAAUUUUUAUUAAAGUCAUAGUGGAUACUUCGGAUCUGCCCGAUCCCUGAUGAGUAGCUGGGGAGGUGGAUUUAGCAGAAGGCAACUCCUCUGGGGGAUUUGAACCAGUCUGUCUUCACUGAGGUCCUCGCGCUCAGAAAAGGACCUUGUGAGACGGAGGAAGUGGCAGAAGGUGGACGCGUGCCGACGGGAGGAGCCACGCGUGAGCACACCUGACACAUUUUAUAAUAGACUAGCCACACUUCACUCUGAAGAAUUAUUUAUCCUUCAACAAGAUAAAUAUUGCUGUCAGAGAAGGUUUUCAUUUUCAUUUUUAAAGAUCUAGUUAAUUAAGGUGGAAAACAUAUAUGCUAAACAAAAGAAACAUGAUUUUUCUUCCUUGAACACCAAAAAAACACACACACACGUGGGGAUAGCUGGACAUGUCAGCAUGUUAAGUAAAAGGAGAAUUUAUGAAAUAGUAAUGCAAUUCUGAUAUCUUCUUUCUAAAAUUCAAGAGUGCAAUUUUGUUUCAAAUACAGUAUAUUGUCUAUUUUUAAGGCCUCAUCUGGUCUCUGUUUUAAUAAUUUGUUUGUCAGAAGACCCUGAAGUAUACCUAGGUCUUUUUUUUGAAAGUCUCAAUUCAGAAUCAUUUUUUAAUUUAAAGUUCUACAAAUAAUUGUUACUGCAAACAUUUUAUUUUAAAACGUUGAUAGACUGAUAUUUCUUGGAAGAAAAUAUAAAAUAUCAAACACUGGUUAUCACUUGUGAUAGGAAAGAGAAUAUUCAACCUGUUGUUAUUUCUCGUUAGAAAUGUAAACCUUCAAUAUCUGUCGUAGUUAAUGACACGACUUCACAAUUCUGAACGGAGCCUCGCUCAUGGAUGCUGUGCAUCAUUUUCAGAUUUAUAAUUGUUUUCACCCUAAAAUAGGGCAUCCGUUGAACUUUGGAGUUCUAAACAAAAUCCUGUAGGUGUUUGGAUUCUGCCCCAUGUGUUCGGACGAGCUCUCUGUUGCCGACAGCACCGGCCUUCGGUCUCCAUGUCAGGGGUGGGCGGGUGACUGCUGAGGGAGGCCCGCAGGUGUGUUUCUCCAUCCCGUCAUCUUGCUGCAUGCCGUCAACAGUCUCCGAAAGCAACAUUGUGCAUAGAGCUGGUGGCAUACGGUACAUGUGCCUUAGAUGUGACAUGCUGCUUCUCCACCCUGGGUUUGCGUUGAGCAUAAUUCUAGAAAGUGCUAGUUUAACCAGACUUUUCUCUCCACCACUAGAUCUUUGUCUCUACAAGGGCCCUCAGACACCUCUGCACCUGCUGAGGGGAAGCCAGGCUCCACCGUCGGCUUCUGGAGCCUCCGCUGCUUAAUUACCACAGAUUCCAAAUCUCUAGGCCCCACGAGUGAGUCGCCUGGUCCAAGUACGGCCUGGUCCCACCCUGAGGGAGGCAGGUGUGGAACAGAAGCUGAGCCUCUCCGUGUCCCCAACGGGGCCGUGGGCACCCCCACAGCCCGAAGCAGAACCCUCUGAGCAUUCCAGAGACCGCUGCUCGGGGGCCUGCCCAGGCUGACCAACGGGCGCUCCUGACCACCACCCUGGCGGGAAGGGUGGCCACAGGGCCCGUCGUCCCAGCCUGCGCCUGCCCGGACGGCAUUUUCUCAACUCACUGUUUACUGUCUCUCAGUGUCCAACUGUGAUUAGAAGCCUGGAGCCCGGCCCCUGCACCCCUUUUGCUAUGCACCACGCUUCAUGGUGCUCUUACCACUGAUGGGUGCUACACGCGACGGGUGCUUCUUAGGCAAAACCAAUGUGUGCGAACCGUCACACCUGUGCCACUCGCCCACAAGCCGCGCCCACAAUUGGCCAGCUGGGCCGUGCACGUCAGACUGCCUGCCUCGGCUCUCCCCGUGGCCGUGCGGGGACAGCUUGGUGGGUGCCCGGUGGCCCACCUGUCUCUGGUGCUGCCAUCUGUCCUGGGUGUGCCUUUGCCCCAGUGCCUGCUGGAAGUGCCCUCCGUCGCACCCACGUGCCCUGAGCUCCCGUGAGGGGCCCGCCGCGCCCUUUCGCGGUCGAAGCGUUCCGUUGUUCUUAUCUGCCUUUCCUUUCCCCGCUCUCCUGGGAUUGCUUUGGGGGAAUGAGUAUCCUUGGUUCUGCCCUGUGAGGGAGUCGCGUGUCCCUGCUCAUAAAGGAAGGACUUCCUGCAGAAGCUGCGGAAAACUACUGUUCCCUUGAAGGUGUCCCCCACCUCAGGCCUGUCCCCUACCUGCCCUCAGGUAGUUUUCCUGAGGCCAGGGGUUAACAACAGGGACAUCCCUGCAACUUCCCCUUCACAAAAUGUACAAUAUUAGAUGAAGGAUAUGCAACAUCUCGGUCUGGUAAGAACCAUUUCCUCCCCUCUGGGUUGAAGUCCUGGCGUGGCCCCCAGAAGCAGCCGUGCGUGUCGCUGGGACGUCUCCAGUAGCCCUUCCCAGGCAGACGCUUCUGGCGGGACGCCAUGGGGCCCACCCGAGGGUCCCACAGAUGUAACCUGAGUGAUGGGAGUCCUUGAGGAUGGGAUGGCCUGUGUCACACGCUUUGUCCUUGAACUUGAGUGAUGGGGGUCCUUGAGGAUGGGAUGGCCUGUGUCACACGCUUUGUCUUUGAACCUGAGUGAUGGGGGUCCUUAAGGAUGGGAUGGCCCGUGUCACAUGCUUUGUCCUUGUGUUUGGUUGUAUCAGAGUCUCUCUUCUGAGUGUGUCUUCCUCUCAUGUACUCAGCACAGUGGGCAGCAGCCUGGGGCGGUGUCCCCUCUCCCAGCGGCGGGCAAGCCUUGUGCUGCUCCACCCUCGGCCCGCGGGCACCCUCACUUGGCGCUCACCACCUGGGCCAGCCUGGGGCCAUGGUCUCCCUGCAGCUGAGGCCCAGUGGUCCCUCGGGCAGUGGUCGGCCCUCCCCGCGUCACAGGGCCCUGGCAGUAAGUGGGAAAGGGGGGCGCACACUGUAUGCUUGGGGGUGUUGCUUGUUUACCACACGUGACCAAACUCCCAGCAGGACAGAGCUGCUCAGUACUUUACAGAAACCAACUGAGUCCUUUGUGCAUGAAUUAAGCCGGUCUGCUUCCCCAUCACCUUCGUAACAAAACAAUGUCCCCUUUCCCCUUGCCUCGAGCAGUUUUCUCCAGGACACUGUGGCUUGGGCUGCUCCCUGCUGCCAGGCACGCUGGGCGGCUGGCCUGGGCCCGGCUCACGUGAAGGGCACUGGCUCUCGUGACCACACUGAGCCACGUGCAAGCCACAGCUGGGCCUGGAAGCCUGACCCUCUGGUUCUAGGGCUUGUCCAGCGGAGCCUGCAGAGCUAGAAGUUGGGGUGUGUCUGUGAUAUGGGGGCCAGGCUGGGAGUAGGGCCUUUCCAGCAGGUUUGGGUGGCUCAGUGAGGGUGUGGAAGUGGGGGACCCGUGGGGCCUGGCUUUGGGACUAGACAUGCCAGCCCCAGCUGGGCUGGAGGGAGCCUGAGUAAGCCCCAACAUAUGCUGGGCUUUUCAGCUCGCCGUGCUCUGGUGACACACAGGCGGCAGGUUGGGAUUUGUGUCAAUUGUAGGAGCCGUCAAGCAUGAAAGUGGUGCUGUCCCCUGAGCGCAAGCCUCGCCGGGGCCCUGGGCGAAGGCCUGGACUUGCAGAUGUGUGUUCCCUGUGCAGGUGGACAGAGGGGGCCCUUGUGACCCAGGUUGCAGCCCCAUUCCGCCACCCCUUCCUCCCCGAGCAGCCUCUGCUGAGGGACAGCACCUGUGUCCCUUUGAUGCCACAACAGCCAGUUGAACAAGGGAGCCCUUUGCUCAGGCAGCUUCUCCUGCCUCUCCCUCGUUUCUCCUUCCCUGCCCCAUCCCCAUGCCCUUCUUGGCUUGUGGCACCGGGGAGCCACGGUGUGGCGUACUGGGGCUCCUGCUCCUUGGGCCACUUCCUCAGCCCGGGCCCCACAGGCCCACCGCCUCUCAGGGCUCCCACUGCACUGGCUGUGGCAGGAGGCUUCCCCAUGACCCCGUGUGGCCCAGCUCAGUAAGGAUGCAGUUCCAGGCACAGCCCCUGGGACAGCCAGCUGCCUCCCAGACCACUUCAGCCUGCUCCAGGGUCCUCAGUCACCCUGGGCCAGGGGCCACGUGUGCCAUGGAUGUCGACCAUGCCAAUGUCACAUUCCAGCACCCCCUUUGCUUGAUGGCGUCUGGUGGUAGUCACCAUGGUGGACCCAUAUCCUACAGCCAGAGGUGAUGUCGGACAAAGGAAGGGGGGGUCUGGAUGGGUCCUUAAACAACCAUUCUGUCUCCAGCGGGGUCAUUCCUUGUCAGCCCAAGGGAGGGCCGGGGAGUACACUGAUUCCAACAGCUGGGCUGACACCUCCUUUCUCCCCUGCACAGGGAGGAUUGGCGCGAGGACCAUCACCUUGUGCACAGCCCCGGCAGGGUGGCAGUGCCACUGUCUCCUUGAGCCGUUGCAGGGUUGGGCGGGCGCAGACUCCCCUUGUGGGCCCCUUGCUCAAUCCCCGGCCCUCCCAGACUCCUCCCUCUACUGGGGGUAAUUUGUGUGUCAGAAGGGCUCUGGCAGAGCUGUAAAAUACUGUUUUUUAAAAAUUUUAGUCCAGAUCUUUACUUAUUAGACUGUAGAAGGAGAGCUAGGGAGAGUGCUGGGAGCCCCUUUGCUUUUGUGUCUGUGAGAUGAAUGAGGGUCUGUCACCCAAAUCUACUUCUCAGCCCAUGACCAUAGUUCUGUUUUCUGUUUGCAAAUCUCAGUAGCUCUGUUUUCUCCAAAGUAGAAUGUGCCCACCGGGGCCCAGGCCAGGUGAGGUCAGUGUCGGCAGGCUACCUGGUCAUUAUUGCUGCCUCAUCCAGGCUGGUGCCGAUGGUCACAGGCACGGCGGCAUCAGGGAGCCGGGCCAGCAGGCGGUGUGAGGCAGGGCCAGCCUCACUGCAAGGGUAUUUUCCGCCUGACCCUGGUGUGCCCCACACGCGGUUGCAGGGCAGACGUGUGAAGCCUCGGCCCUGUCGGGGCUGGCAGGUGUGCAGGUGAGGACGCCCCGGUGGCCAAGCAGAGCGUGCGUUUCAUUUCUCCUUUUGCACUGUGUCUAGUCUGUCUUGUGAACUCUCACCAUGAAAAGAGGCUAGAAGUCCAGGAUCGCUGUACCACUCCUGUAAUUAGGUGAUGAUUGGUUUUGACAACUUGGUCCCCUCAAACAAGUAAGAUACCCUCCAACAGCAAAUUAAAUGACUUAAUUGGAAAACACACGAGCCGGCAUGAUGUCCGGUGAUUUCUGUAAGAAACGCCUGUAGGAGAAGUUCUGUGAAGUGUAGAGGGCAGUGUCGACGCUGCACAGCAUCUGCAGAUACGCAGCCUCUUCUCUGCCAGUGCCUCUGUGUUCGGUUCUGUUACCCAAAAACAAAGACCAAAGAAGGCCAAUCUCUCAUUUGACCCUGUCUUUUUAAUCUGCCUGUUUUAAAAGUUGCGUCUGUAGUAGCCGCUUGCUGUGAGGACACAUCUUGACAGUCCAAGUGAUUUUGUGACCAGUGAUUCGGGUCCUGUUUUCCGCUCUUCUAAGAAAAAAAAAGACCGUCAGUUAUUGCCCAGCAAUAAUCAUGUUGUUACUGUGAGUUAGCAACAUGCCUGACUUUCUGAUAGCAUUACUGUUUUAUAUUUUUGUUUAUUGUAUAUUAUGUGUGGUUUUAUUUGGUAUUUAUUUGUGUUUUGAGGUCUUGCAAUGUUUUUGUGUUUCUGAUGCUAAUAACUAAAGUUUGUAAGACUGUAGAAUGCAAAACUCGGAGAUGCUAAACUGUCUUAUUAGAGGAAAAUAAAUCUGAUUAUGGAGUCUCA